GGUUUUUAAUCUGAGAUCACUCUGUUCUUCAAUUGUUUCAUUGCUGUAGAACAGAGCUGACUCAUCCACAGCCUGCAGCAGAGCUCCUUGUACUCUGUGGCACCAUCAGCCAGCAGCAUCCAGAGCUCAGAGAUCUUGCAGAAAGGAUGGAGACAGUCCAGGAGGUUUCACAAGACACGGAAAAGGCUUUGUGUGGAGAGGUCUGAAGUAACAUUUUCCCGUUCUUCCUUCCUCACACAGCUCUCCAUGCCCAGCAGAUGCCAAUGGCAGCUCCAGCAGUGAGUUCCUGCUCCUGGCGCUGGCAGCUGCAGCUCCUGCACUUCUGGCUCUUGCUGGGCAUCUGCCUGGCCGCCCUCCUGGGCAGCGGCCUCAUCAGCACAGCCGCAGCCCUGGACCACCGCCUGCACACCCCAUGUGCUUCUUCCUCCUCAGCCUCGCCCUCCUCGCCCUGGGCUGCAUCUCCACCACUCUGCCCAAAGCCGUGGCCAAUGCCCUCUGGGACACCAGGGCCAUCUCCUGCUCAGGAUGUGCUGCACAGACCUUUUCCUUUCUUCACCUCAGCAGAGUACUGCAUUCUCACCAUCGUGUCCUAUGACCGCUAUGUUGCCAUCUGCAAGCCCCUGCACUACGGGACCCUGAUGGACAGCAGAGCUUGUGCCACCAUGGCAGCAGCCGCCUGGGGCACUGGGCUUCUCUAUUGCCCGCUGCACACUGCCAGUACAUUCAUGCUGCCUCUCUGCAAAGGCAAUGCCAUCAACCAGUUUUUCUGUGAAACCCCCCAGAUCCUCAAGCUCUCCUGCUCACAGUCCUACCUCAGGGAAGCUGGGCGUUUGUAUUUUGUGCCCCCUUGGCGCUUGGUUGCUUUGUAUUCCUUGUGCUGUCCUAUGUGCAGAUCUUCAGGGCUGUGCUGAGGAUGCCCUCUGAGCAGGGACGGCA